GCAUGUCGCGAGGUCUUCAUAGUCCCAAGUACAAAGUUCCCACACCUCGUGACUUGUCCUCUGAGUUGAGCUGGCGUGUGCCCGGUACCGCCCACCAGUCCCACCCCAGCUGCUGUUCAACUCGACGCGUGGAAGACGAGCUCGGAAAUGAAGGUCUUGAUUCUCCUUGUGCUGGCGUCAGCUGCCUACGGGCAGGUGCCUGAACCCUGCAGGACGCCCAGUGUCUUUGAGUCUAACGUUGGAGUGCAAGACUUCGAGAGAGGGAUCUUCGUGCGCGCCAAACUGUCGUACGACCGCUACAACAUGCGCAUCCGCAGGAUCGAGGAGGUCGACGAAAGUCGGACGGACAAGGAAUACUAUGACAUACUGUACCUGCACAACACCAUGCCGGGUAAAGAGUACCGCUUUAACCUGAGGACCAAGCAGUGCGAGACCAGGGAGCUGAACUACCCCUUCCGGCCUUUCGAAGUCCCAGAGAACGCCAACCACUUUGGUGACUUCACCGUCGGUACCAAGGGUGCCCCGCACGAGGGGGUCGUGGUCAGCAUGUGGGGGGAACGGAACCAACAGGAAGGCACUGACUGGGUCGGUGUGUUUACCUACACUGGCUGUGUUCCCGUCAACGACAUGUUCUACAGCAACAGGACUGGCAGGGUGACGACCGAGUUCUUUGACGUCACCCUGGGUCUCUCCAACCCCGAUGUCUUCAUCCCCCCGAGAGAAUGCAUCAUGCCUCCUCCUCCAUAUUAAGUACCAUAAACUGUCCAUCUCAAGGCCUACCUGAUGUAGGCCUAGCUCCAUCUCAUAUCUACAUGAUAUAACGUUACUUUAUUUGUACUUGAUAUUUACAAAAUAUGUCAUGCUGCGCUCGAGAUGUAAAUCCUAUAGAUUUGUGUAGAAUGAAUGUAAAUUUCCGUUGCAAUGUAGUUUUACUACAUUUUCAAAUGUAAAAGCAUCUCCUUGUCCAGUUAAUGCCUUUUUUUCCAUCUCCACUGAUAGCAAAUAUAACGCAGGUAGAAUCCCAGCGUUAACUUUAGCUUUUCUAAUAUGAGUGAUACAUAUUCAAAUAAAAUUCAGUUUAUCUAAUUAAA